AUGUAUUACUUCGCUUUCUUAUUUUGCACCUUUUUGGUGCCGUUCACACAAUCAUUCACUGUGGUUAACAAAGUCGAGGAUGAUUUCUCAAUCGAUGAUGUAACGGAUUACGAGGUGGUGCCUGUUCGUCAUAUGCUGCAUAAACGGAGUAACAAUGAAUUAACACUUCAUACCAAAAUAAAUGGUGAAGAGCGUGAAAUUUAUUUGCAACCUACGGAAGGUUUACUUGCAGGAACAGGGACGAAAGUUUUCAUAGCCAAAAGAGGUUCCCAAAGGAAUGUUGAUUUUAAAAUUAUACCAAAUAUCAUGCAGAACGUUUUUAUAAAUUUUUAUCAAGAUCCGAGAACUUCGUCAUCCAUUUCACACAGUAUUAAUGAAGACGGACAAUCCGAGUUUAAUGGACUUAUUAAUGAAGACACGGUAAUACGUCCAAUGCCUAAACAUUUUCGCCAACGUCGCGAUCUUUUGAAAAGCAAUACUUCAUCAUUUGAAAGUGUAGCCGAUGGUUUUAUUGAUACAACUGAACAUAUAAUUUAUAAACAAACAUUUAAUAAUGCUUCCGGAUUUUCUGCACCUAAAAUGAACAAUGAUAGAUUUUUGAACAUGAAGAGUGUGUCACGAAGAUCUACGGAAGAAUUACCAUACAUAGUGUAUCCAGAAAUUUUGGUUUUUGUUGACGAUGUUCUUUUCAAGAAAUUUGAAUUUAAUGUGAAACGUGCAGUUGAAUACACUUUGAGUUUUUGGAAUGCUGUUGAUUUAAGAUAUAAAGAAUUUACAGAACCAAAGAUUCGUCUUAAUAUUGCUGGAAUUGUAUUUCUUGAGGAGCCAUUGCCAUUUAUAUAUGACGCACUAGGCGAUUACAGAGGAGAAAAGAUAAUUGCAGGAUUAUUAUUAAAAGAAUUUAGCAGAUUUCUAAAAGAAGAAAAAAUUAUACAACAAGAAAAAAAUUAUGAUAUUUCCAUGUUUGUAACUGGAAGAGAUCUGUUGAGCGAAUCUGGAGAAUCUAGCGUAGAUGGUUUAGCCUAUGUCGAAGGAGUAUGUAGAAAUAGUAAAAAUAAUUAUGCAUACGCCUCUUGUGGAUUAGCUGAAGAUGGAAGUGGUUAUAGUGGAAUAUUGACUGUUGCUCACGAGUUAGGUCAUAUGUAA